AGUACUUGGGUGUUUCAUUCCUAAAUAAUGUCCUUUGGGGUGGACAGGUGCAAAAGGGGACAGAGUUUCUAUGUAGUCCUGUAUAGAAGAGCGAAUUAACGGAGGCGUCGCUUGCCUGAUAACCUACAACGACUGAAAUUCCCUCUGCUGUACAGGGGGCAGGAGCAAUCUCCUUUUCUUCACCUGGCCACCCUAGAGGCGCUAUAAGGAAAGAGACGUAAGAGCCCGGGAUUUAAAAGGGCAUGGAAGAUGCCCAGGACGAGUUCUGUAGGAUUGACAAAUCUUUUAGUAGAAGGUAGGAUGCCCGGGUGUAAGAGAGGACGGAAGGAAGGAAUGUUAGCAGGUGUUGCGUCUCAUAAAAAAUUCACACCAGCUGAAAUGCCGUCUUCUACGCAGUUAUGAAAGGGGCAGUAUCCCUGUCCUCUUUUUCACCUGGCCAGCCUAGGAGUGCGAUGAGUGUUAGGCAAACAUGGUCCUGUGUAUGUUUACUUAGAAAUGAGCCCAACAGGCGUUACUUCCAAUUUCUGACAAAAUGGAUGCAGAAGAUUUGUGCUCUUGUGGUACCAGAGCUGUCAUUACUGAGCCACAGUUUACUCAGCUGUUCAGGAAACAAUUGCAAAGAGAGAAAAUCCUGGACAACAAUUACUGUGUGCAGAAGCUUCCCAGUGGUGCCAUGGCAUUGCCUGUAUUAAGCCAAAGGAUCACGGCAGAGCAUCUGCAGCAACUGAAGGAAAGCAUCCCACCUGGGACCACCUGUGCCCUGACAUGGAUCCAGAAUCCAAUUCCGUCAAAAGCUGUCCAGGUCCGGUCACCCGUCCAGAAGCUGCGUGACGAGCUGCAACGCUUGAUGUUGAGCCAUGGAGCUGCCUGGUCGAUAGAGUUGGAGAGAGAUCUACCACGCUCCUGGCAGCGGCAUGGGGACCUGGUUCUGCUGAGCGAGGACAGCUUCAGAGAUAUACGAUGGGGAGAGCUGGGAGAACAGCUCUGGGAGGUGGUGGCUGGUGCGCUGCGGAGCCGACGCUUAGCAAAAUGUGGACAUGUGCAGUCUGAUUUGUUCCGAUCCCCAGCUGUGACUCUUUUGCUGGGGCAGGAUGGCUGGGUUGAACGUGUGGACAAUGGAAUUCAGUAUGUGUUUGAUGUGACCUGCUGCAUGCUGUCUCCAGGAAAUAUCACAGAGAAGCUGCGGAUAGCAUCUCUGAAGUGUGCUGGGGAAGUGGUGGUAGACCUUUACGCCGGGAUUGGCUAUUUCACCCUGCCUUACCUGGUUCAUGCUGGGGCAGCCUUCGUCCAUGCCUGUGAGUGGAACCCGCGUGCUGUAGAAGCUCUGCAGAAGAACUUGCAACUGAAUGGUGUGCAGGAUCGGUGCCUUGUUCACCAGGGAGAUAACAGGAAGCUGGAACUUUGGGAUGUGGCUGACAGGGUGAAUCUGGGGCUGAUCCCAACAUCGGAGGAAGGCUGGCCAGUUGCCUGCCAGGUUUUGCGGAAAGAUGUGGGAGGCAUCCUUCAUAUCCACCAGAAUGUGGAAUCCUUUCCAGCAAAGGCUCUUGAAAAGCCCCACAAGCCACAUCUGGAUCAACCUCAUGAGCAGCUUGUGGUGCAAGUGGUGCCUAAUAUACAGAAGGACAAAGUGGUCCAUGGAGACCAAAAUAUAGUGCAGGAUGCUGGAAGGGGGAAUCUGACUCUCUCAGCCAGGCACGAGUGGCAGAGGUGGGCAGAGGCCACAAGGAUCCAGAUCAGGACUUUGCUUCAAGAGUUGGAUGGGAAGCAGUGGAGGACAAAAAUCCUGCACAUUGAGCAAGUGAAAUCUUAUGCCCCUCAUGUGCACCAUCUAGUCUUGGAUCUGGACUGCCGACCCCUUGUGUAGCAUACAGGGAGUUGACUGUCUUGCAGGAGCAACUCCAGAACAGGGGCUCCCAACCUUUUUGGGCCUGGGUGCACACUUGGAAAUCUAAGGAACUGUCGUGCGCAGCACAGGAUACCCAUUAUGCAGAAGAAAAACUGAUGAUAUUCAGAACCCCUCUCAAACAGGCAAAACACCUGCCUCCCUCCGAAUCCAAACAAAGCACAGAUAAAAAGGAGGAAAUACCUCCCUUCCAAACAACAAAAGCAACCAGAAAAACCUCAUUUAAAAAUAAAAAAAUUAGGAGGAACUAGGGGAUCUUGGUGGCUUCCAGUAGGGUUCCUGAGGGUGUUGUGGUACCCUCGUGUACCAGAGUGGGGACCCCAGCUCUAGAAUAUUGUAGUUUCUUCAUGGCAGUCAACAGGGAAAUUUGGAGGGAGCAGAAUUGGAUGAGAGUAGAAGAAUUCAAAGGCCUUCUCAGUCUGUUUUGCUUUGCACUGGGUCAGUUUGUCGCAACCCUUGAAGCUGUGGCUCAAAGUGUUUGUGAUCUUGGGCUGGUCCAAGAGUGUAGCGCUAGUUAAGAAUGAAUCUGCAAAUGUUGAAGGUGCCUGGCCAGAACCAGGCAACAGAAGUGACUUCUGGAUGCUGCAAGUUUUUCUUUUUAAACAAAUGUUGUUACACAUUUAGACCUGCAUUGCUUUUUAAAAAAGACCUUUUGAUAUUAAUGAACACAAGUUAGCCUUGAACAUUCAUUCCAGUGGGUCUACUUUGAAUUGGACUAGUAUCGGACAUAACCCAAUCUUUGUAAUACUGCUGAAGUUUUACUCAUCUUAACUGAGCUUGCUGACGCUCCGCACCACCAGGGGCUGCCAACUUUUUUGGGUCCCCCUGGUGCAUCUGCAAACUGGAUAUUUAUUGGCACCAAGCACACGCUGCAACCAAAGGUACAUGCAACCUGUUCUAUUUGGCACAAUAGAACACUUCUUUCAAGCCUAAUUUCAGCAAGAAGAAGGGACCAUGUGGACACCAGCGAAGGCCUGGGUAGACUUAUGUGUGUCCACAGGUGCCAUGUUGGUGACUCCUGCUGAACACUGUAUUAUAAGGGUCAGUAGCUGGCAGGUUGCAAACAAGUUGAGGUCCAUGGAUGAUCCCUGCUGCCAUCUUAAUUCACAGGGCCGUCUCCUACCUGUUCCCUCUACCUUGUGAAAUUACUGGAAGAAAAGUAAACAACUGCUCUGCAAAUUGCAGAGGAAAAGAGCUUUCUCCUGUCUUGACAACUGUUAAGAACCAAGGACAGGGAACAGAGGGUGCAAAAGUUAUAGGAAGGACCAGGCAAAGGGAAACGCAAUGUUGAUAGUAGAUUGGAUUCUUCAUCAGAUUAGGGCCCAACCUUGCCAAUGCUUAGGGCUGCAUUCAACACAGCACUCAGGUAAAUGUUUCAUCAGUGCAAGGAUUUUUCUUGCACAGUGAAACAUUCUCCCCCCUGUGCGUCCCCUAAAUCUGUUCUGGGUUUUCCCCCAACCCUGUAGAGCAGAUUUGGGGAUGACAUGGGGGGGGGAGAGUCCAGUUGUGCUAGCAGUAAUACUUGCGCUCACCCAAUUAAGUAGUUGAAUACCACAAAAUUUCAAAUCUACCUCCUUUUUUUUGGUGGGGCAGCAUAUUUUGGAUUGGGUUGCUAACCAGUGUCUAGUGCAAAGAGAUCUCCUCUGAGUAGAUCGGUGGUGGGGAAACUCAGGCCUGGGCCCCAAAUGUGGCCCUCCAGGCAUCUGUAUUCAGACCUUGGGACUUUCCCCAAGUAACACCCCUUCCCAGAAUUGCACCCCUUACUGGCCCUGCUCCGUGCCCCCCACUGAGUGGUUUUGCCCGGCUGAAAUGUGUCCUUGAGCUGUGAUAAUGGCUGUUGCCUGAGAGGUGUGUGCAGGGGCAUAGUUGUGCUGGGUCAUGUGUGUGUGCUGUAGACUCCUUUUUUUGGGAGCAGCCAGGUCCCUAUGUAGGAGAAUAUAAUGAAAGGGGAGCAUGUUAGCCACUAAGAAGAGUCAUUGUUCUUUUGUGCUGAUUGGAGCCAAUCAGCGCGAAAGGAGGUAAGUCAGCCAUUGAGAAGACUCUUCUCAGCAGCUAACACACAGCUUCCCCUUUCAUGCUGGUAGGCUCCUAGGGACAUCUGUUGUAGUGGAAAGUGGACUCGGAAAGCAAGAGAGAUGUGGGGAGGGGCAUGGUGUGACUAUCAUGGAGGGAUCUUGCAUUUCUGAAUUUGCUGCUGCACUACUGGCUGUGUGUAGAAACCUGUGGCUUCUGCAUGGCUGGAAUGUAGCCUACUGUACAAAGAUAAGUCACAUCUGUUGCCCUGCCUGUUUUUGCCUCUGGUCCUGCCCACCCCUGGAAGGUUACCCAUGAGGCAGUGUAGCUCUCUGACCCCUGGAACAGAUAAAUAUGAAAGCCUUGCGGCUUUAAUAGUGAUUUUAUUUUGUUUCUUGUAAACAGAUUACCUAAUCAUUUGCUUCUUUCAGAAGAGACCUUUCUUGUUCAAUUUAAAUGAGUCUGAAUUGGUGCUCAGUGCUAGUAGUGUCCUUCUAAACAUGCUCAGCUGUGGCCGCUUCUCAGCCACAUCCAGAGUGUCAUUUUGUAAGGUAUUCCAUUAUGUCGAGAUCUAGCUGUGUGUUGCAUCAAUUUCAAGUGAGACUCCGGUGGGAAUAGUGGUGAGAAGGGAGCUAGAACUGACUCCAUUCCAAAGAGGAGUACAUACCCUUACACCUGAAUUGUUUCUUUAAAUACGAUAAGAGUGGCACCUUACUAGCCUUUUCAUAAGGAGCAGAAAUAUUCCUCUGCAGUUGGGGAUGCUACCAAGGGCCACAUUUAUCCUUAGCCAACCCUGUGAGGGCCACAUGCCAGUAGGGGGUCUGACCAAAAGUGUGCCUGACCCCCCCACAUGUGCACACACAAUCCCCCCCAUACAGAUCAGCUGAGGGAAGGGAUUUAGCACUCUUUUCAUCAAAUGGCAGAUCUGACAGGAACAUAGGAAACUCUCUUAUACCGAGUAGGGCCCCUUGAUCCAUCCUGCUCAGUUGUCCAUACUGACUAGCAGUGACUCUCCAAGUUUCAGACUGGGAGGGGACAUUCCCGGCCCUGUCUGGAGAUGUUGGGGAUUGAUCCUGGGACCACUUACAUCCGAAGCCAUGGACUCUGUCAUGGCGUCACAUCCCCCCUCCUCAACUCCAACUUAGGGCUGCAGUUUGAACCUUGUUUUCCAUGGAACCCAGUGGCUGACUUCGGAGGGCCUCAAUGCUGUUUGCCUUUGUGACCUUCCAUCCGCGUUGUAACUCCCUGUUGGUGUUCUGUGAGCUUUGGCUCCAUCUGGGAUUCACGUAGCCUUUGCUCUUUGGCUUAAUUUAAUCUCCUUCUGCCGGCAGGGUAACAAUGGGAGCUGUGAACUCCUGGCCCGGGUGGUGCCUGCGUUCAGUGUGAGGGCCUGUCCUUUGUGUUAUCAUUGCUCAGAGAUAGAGCCCAAAGUAAAUGGAGGGUGAGUCAUCAUGGGGCAGCUUUCCAUUUGUUCCGGAAGCCGCCUCCCCACCCCAGAGGAUACGUAAGAGAGUCCCGACAUGGUGCCAAGCAGCAGCAGCAGUGGCGCCUGCCAAGGGGAAGAGCAGAAAACUUUAGAGGGCAGGCUAAAUGGAAGGAUUUUAUCGCCGGGUGCAGGAGGAGGCUUGGAACUCUUCAUAGGCCACAAGUAAAAGCUGCUCUCAGGCCUGAGGCCUCUGCAAAUCAGUCUGGUCCGACCCCGCCCACAUUAGCUCCUGUUUGGGCUUCGCGUGUGUGUGUGUGUGUGUUCUUGGGGAAGGGUUCUAAUGCUGCAGCCAGUGAUGUUGCACAGCCCUAUAGCUCAUGGACGCCCUUUGGACCAGGCUAGCCCAUCUCUGCCUUGCGCUAACCUCCUGUGGUAGUGUUCAAUUUAAUAAGAGCGGCUGUGUCUCUUUGCACAAAGCAGAAUGCUGGACUAGAUGGACCUUUGCUUUGAUUCAGCAGGGCUUUCUUUUUCUAAGGUGGAUGUGGGAGGCUGCCGUAGUGUGUAUCGACUGCACGGGCCAGCAGCAGUUCUCCAGGCUGUGAGGCAAGGGGAAUUCCCAGCCCUACCUAGAGACGGUGGGGACUGAGCCUGGGACCUUCUGCAUGCAAAACUGCUGAUCUACCACUGAGCUAUAGCCCUUCCCCAACCUGUCAUCUUUCAGACAAAGGAACCUUUUUUCUGUUGAGGACUGCCUUCCCUCGAGGGUGAUGUGUUGGGGACCUCAUGCCACUGAAGGGCAGAGCCAAAAGGCAGCAGGGCACCCCCUCUUUCCUCUCUCUCUCUCUCUGCCAUUCCUUCCCCUCUGGUAUUGCCAUCGGCAUGAAAUUAUACGGAGGGUGUCUGAAAUUAGGCUGUCAAACACAGAAAAGAGCCUUACUGACUUGGAUCAAAGGUCCAUCUAGUCCAGGUGUGGGGAACCUUUGGUCCUCCAGAUGUUGCUGAUCUACAACUCCCAUCAGCCCCAGCAAGCAUGGCCAAUGGCCAGGGAUGAGGGGUGUUGUAGUGCAGCAACAUCUGGUGGGCUAAAGGUUCCCACACUUGAUCUAGUUUAAUGCCUUGCAUUCCACAGUGGCUGACCUGAUGUUUCAGGGGACAAAUCCAUGAGCAGGGCAUGAAGGCAAUAGUCUUUUCCUCUUGUUUCUCGGCAACCAGUAUAUUCGGAGGCAUGCUGUCUCUGAACUUGCUUAUCAGGACAAUUUGGAAGACAGUUUUUCAGUUAAUUUUAGUUUUCAUGGUAAUACGCCAUUGCAAGUUUUAUACAAUAAUACACACCACAACUAUAAUGUAGCAGCCUAUCAAAGGAGGAGAUAGUUCAAGUAAUGACAGGUAAAAAGUUAGUCUAUAAGAACCAAAACAAAAUGGAUGUCUUUGCACAUUUGCUACACAUCAUUUGAAACUUCCUGCCUAAUGCUUUCUUGGGGCUUAGUUCCAUUCCAAUAUCUAAUAAACGGUUGCAAACAUUUUAAAGCGGCCUUUCCAGAUUUGAAGCCAAUCUACUAUGUAGUAAGCCAAUCUAUGUGUCGUUACGGUCUGUCCGCUCCUCCAUCAGUGGAAGACAUUGCUGUGUCCCAGAGUUAACAGCUGGUAUGUAUGCUGCAAAGAGUAUGUUGCCUAUAAUUGUACAGCCUUGUUUUUUCUGUAUAGCAUCUUAACCUUUUCAAAUAAUAGGUAGUUCACACCCAGUGAUUUCUUUAAUAACAUUUACAACUUUUUUCCAACAGAUGUUUAUCUAAGUGGGGGCCCCGCAACAAAGUGUUGCCAUUUCUGUUCAGGGUUCCAGCUACUCCAUUUCCUCCCCGCUGCCCCUGCACAACGAAUCCAUAUUUAGAAAACAACAACAACCCAGUCAUUUCUAGUUAGGAAAGUGAUGGGGAAAUACAAUGAAAAGUGUGGUAUGAACAAAUGAUUAACAGGAAGAUGUAUAGACACCCCUUCUGCAGAAUGAAUGCUAAUCAAAGACCAGACAUAGCUUAAUCCAGUGGUGCUCAACAUUUUUGGUAUGGCAAGCCAAGGUCCAAAUUUACUUCGUAUGGUGACCCACUGAUUUAUUGCCACAUGAAUUUUGCACUUUUAAGUCUUUUCUUCCGCCAGAGAUUAGCCCUCAAGUGUUAAAGUGUAAGACUUGAGCAUUUCCAAUGUCCAGUUAUAAGUAUCAACACAACAUUGUAUUAUGUCAACAAAACAAAAAAAUGGUAUCAGUUAAGAAU